UGUUUUCAAACACAGUUUGAAUCGUUUUCCAUGGAAAUCUGUCUAUCGAUAAGCUUAUAUUAAGACCCCAACUGCGCAUGACCGCAGUGGUGGCUUUGACGUCACCAGGACGAAGGACACAACAAACCCCCGCACAGUAAGCACGCAACAAACGGACCGCAACCAAGCGCUUGACAUUUGGACACCGCCAUGAAGCUAACUCUGCGUCGCUACUCCUGGGUGCUGCUGUUCCAGUUCGCCCUUCUGGGAGUGGACCUCUUCUGCAACGCCUUUGGUCCUUCGCUGGCCAGAAACCGAUUGCAGACAGCCAUAAUACUCUUUGUCACCCAGGAUGCCCUGAUCAUCGCGGAGUACCUGCUGUUCACCCUCGCGCUGCACUCAACGUGUGUGUACCAGGUCGGCGCCUCGCACAUAAUCCUGCGGAACUGCAAGCUCUUCAUGGCCAGCAUUACCAUCUACUUUCUGCUGUCCGCCUCCCAGCACUUCUGGAUCAUCUACCAAUACCGUCAGCCGCCAGAAGAGGACGGCCACCAUUGGCCAUUGGGUCUGAUUGCUCUAUCAGUGGCACAGCGCAUCAUGUCGGUUUUCUAUUACUACAGCUCCAAGUCGACGGCUCUGACCAUGGCAGAUCCUCGCUUCAAGGAGGAGCAUCUUGACUGGAUCGCAGAUCAGUUGGGCGACAAGUAAGACGACUGUUAAGUGGACAAUGCAAUGAGUGAGUCAGGAUAAGAAGUGUACUGUACAUAGAGUUAUGAUAUAAUAUGAUAUUCUAUAAAGAUAUCCAUGUCUCGUUAGUCGCUGAUUUAAUACAUAAAUGAUAAAUCCCUACGCCGUAGAUAGCACAUACAUUAAAGCGACCGAGUGUAGAUGCAUUUAACAUUUAUGACUCACGUGUGAUUAUUGUUUCAUUAGCAUUCAAAUUUCCAGA